UAAUUUUUAAAGGCAAUCUUUGGCGCCUUUAACUUUUGCCUGAAAUUAAAGUCUUACUUCUGCAACACACCUUCCUUUUUCACCCCUUUCCUUUCUUCUGUAACUUUCUCCUCCAAAGAUCGAAGUAAGAACUAAAAAUGAGAGAAGUCAUUUCCCUUCACGUCGGUCAGGCUGGUGUACAGAUCGGUAACUCUUGUUGGGAAUUGUAUUGUCAUGAACAUGGCAUUUUGCCCGAUGGCCGAUUUCCUGAAGGCAGCCAUGUCAACGAUCAUUCUUUCGAAACCUUCUUUUCCGAAACUGAAGGAGGCAAACAUGUACCUCGUACUGUUAUGGUAGAUUUAGAGCCUUCUGUAAUUGACGAAACUCGUACUGGUGCCUAUAGAGAAUUGUUCCAUCCUGAACAAUUAAUCAGUGGAAAGGAAGAUGCAGCCAACAAUUAUGCUCGUGGCCAUUACACUGUGGGUAAAGAAAUGGUGGAUAAUGUUUUGGAUCGUGUCCGUAAAUUAGCAGACAACUGCUCUGGGCUUCAAGGCUUUUUGGUCUUCCACUCCUUUGGUGGUGGUACUGGUUCUGGUUUCGGUGCCCUUUUGAUGGAACGUCUCUCUGUGGAUUACGGCAAGAAGUCCAAGCUCGAGUUUUCUGUUUACCCCGCACCUCAGCUCUCUACCUCCGUUGUCGAACCUUACAAUUCUAUUUUGACCACGCAUACCACUUUGGAGCACUCUGAUGUGUCCUUCAUGGUCGACAAUGAAGCCAUCUAUGAUAUCUGUCGCCGCAAUUUAGAUGUUGAGCGCCCCACGUAUUCCAAUUUGAACCGUCUUAUCGCUCAAGUGGUGUCAUCCAUCACCGCUUCUUUACGUUUUGAUGGUUCUCUUAAUGUUGAUUUGAACGAAUUUCAAACCAAUCUGGUUCCUUAUCCCCGUAUUCACUUUCCCCUGGUGACCUAUGCACCUAUUAUUUCUGCAGCAAAGGCUUACCACGAACAAAUGUCCGUCCCUGAAAUCACUUACUCCUGUUUUGAACCCAACAACCAAAUGGUCAAAUGCGACCCUCGCAACGGUAAAUACAUGGCUUGCUGUCUUCUCUAUCGUGGUGAUGUUGUUCCCAAGGAUACCAAUGCUGCGAUUGCGGCUAUCAAGACGAAGCGUACUAUUCAAUUUGUUGACUGGUGUCCUACCGGUUUCAAAGUGGGUAUUAACAAUCAACCUCCUACGGUUGUCCCUGGCGGUGAUCUGGCCAAGGUUCAGCGUGCUGUUUGUAUGUUGUCCAACACAACUGCUAUCGCUGAAGCUUGGGCACGCUUGGAUCACAAGUUCGAUUUGAUGUACGCUAAACGUGCUUUCGUUCAUUGGUACGUGGGUGAAGGUAUGGAAGAAGGCGAAUUCUCUGAGGCUCGUGAGGAUUUAGCCGCUUUAGAAAAGGACUAUGAAGAAGUAGGUGCUGAUUCUCUAGGCGACUCUGAAAUGGAAGAAAACGAUGAAUACUAAGACUAGAAAGAGAAAAGCGGGCCACUCCUCAUCAGCCGCCCCUUUUACGGCUUCCCUCUUCGAAAAUCAUACACCUUAAUAUAACUUUCUAGAUUCCUUAAUUAUUAAACAAUAUUAAACAAAAUAACCACAAAGAUCAAGUUAAACAAUAAAAAACAUCAUUGAAAGAA